AUGAUCAGGGUCAUAUCUCUUGGUCUCGUCGAAAACCACAUCUCAGGCACGAAUGAUCUUCGAUCCGGUUGGUCCCAUAACCCAGAUCCGCCAAAUAUUUGUCAAUUCGCUUUCUCAUAUGGUGUCAUCCAACCCAGAGCUUUGACCGGGGUUCUAUUUAUAAUCCAUACCGAAGCUCUCAUGGCCUCUGGCCAUAAUCCUUCACGUCCGUUUUGCUCAGGUGUAUAG